AUGAAAUUAAAAAAAGUUAAGAGCCUCUUAAUAAUGCGGCGUUUUUAUUUCAUUCCGAUAACGAUUCAUCUAUAAAAAUACAAUAUCUACAUAUUUUGUAUCUUCCUUUAGACUUAUAUCAUAAAUAGUGGCGUUUUAUUAAGCGCAAACGUGCUAUUUUGUAGAUCUAUGGUCCCGUUGCUUAGCAACUUCAAAUUUGAAAAUGUUACCAAUUCAAACUAUGAAAGACUGUCACUAUUCCAACUAUUGAAAUUUAUUUGCAAUGGACGAAAUAACAAAAAAUCUAGUGAUAUUUAACGCGUCGAAGUUUGAUUUGUUCAAAAUCCAAGAAAACUAUAAAAGCUUUGCCAGAAAACUGAAAACUGUCGCGAAACUGGUGGUAAAUAGGGAUGAAAUCAGUGCAGAUUUGCUCAAGAACUGCAACUUAUUGAUUCUGCCGUGCCCGCAGAUGGUUUUCGAGGAAAAUGAGCUUAAAGUGAUGGAAAAUUAUGUACAAGACGGAGGCAGAAUGUUAGUGUUACUUACCGAAGGCUCUCCUACUGACCCGACCAACAUCAACAUUCUGCUGGAGAACUUUGGUAUCUACCCGAACAUUGAUUGCCUAAUCCGUACGCAUUACUAUAAAUAUUUCCAUCCAAAGGAGUGUUUCAUUGCCGACAGCCAAAUAAACUCGACCAUAAACAAAACAAAGUCCGAUCUGAAGCUAAUUUACCCCUUUGGGUGCACAAUGAACGUGAUGAAGCCCAGUGUUAUUUGCCUGAAAAGUGGCUUUGCCACUUUCCCAGUUGAUUGCCCUUUGGGAGCGUUGUACUACAACGCAAAAUCCGGAGGAAAACUUGUGGCGAUUGGAUCAGGCUACAUGUUCAGUGACAAAUAUUUAGAUCAAGAGAAUAACGAAUUGUUUAGGGAGAUUCUGCUGGCGUUCUUGAACAGCUCAGAAACAGUGCACUUUUUACCAACUGAUCAUGACGAUAUUGAAGUCACCGAUAGAAACAUUGUGCCUGAAACUGCAGAAUUAGCUGACAAGCCAAAACUGUGUCUCACUGAUGUGGUUAACAAUACCUCUGUCGUUGACUAUACAAGUUUGUUUGAUCACAAAGUGUAUGCAAUGAACACCAUGAUGGUCCCAGAGACUCUCAAAGCGUAUGAGGAUUUGAACGUGAAACAUUCACCGCUGAAGAUAAUCACCCCGAAGUUCGAGGCUCCAUAUCCCAGCCUGCAAGCAGCAGUAUUUCCACCAUGUUUCAGGGAAUUGCCUCCGCCGUGUCUGGAGCUGUUUGAUCUGGAUGAGGCGUUUACCUCCACUGUUUCUAAACUGGCUCAGUUCACUAACAAGUACAUGAUGACAGUGACUACUUCGGAAAAAAACGAAGACUCCUAUUUGCAUGAUUAUGUGGCUCGAUGUGUCCGGAUUCUAACUGCAGAAGACUCUGAGACAGUUGAAGAGUUUCUGUAUAGAAUAGGCAAAGAGAUUGCGGAAUUUAAAAGUAUAGACAAUAUAAAAUAGGAGUAAGUUAUACUAUAAAUAAAGCAUACAUUCUAGAAGGA